CGGCCCUGAGGUAAAAGGCACCCGGGCGGGGCUGGCCCAGGGGUACGUCUCCCGUGGGGUUUCCCGGCCCACCGCCUUCCCUUCCCGACGGCCCAGCCGAUGCUGGUGCGGUCCCGGUUGCCCAGCCUUUUGCCCCGGCUCUGCUCCUUUCGUCCCAGCCUCGCCAUGAGCAGCGUUACCGGUACCGUCACCAUCCAGCAGCCCCUCAACUACCGGGCGGGCGGCCGCGUUCAGCCCGUCGAUGGAGGCCAGGCCGAGGAGGUGUAUGAGCCGGCCACAGGUCGUGUGAUAUGCAAGGUGGUCUGCUCUGGGCAAAAGGAGGUCGAUCUGGCUGUGCAGAGUGCAAAGGCUGCCUUUAAAAUAUGGAGUCAGAUGUCUGGCAUGGAGCGAAGCAGGGUACUGCUGGAGGCUGCCAGAAUUAUUCGGGAGCAGAGAGAAGAAAUUGCCACCAUGGAAACCAUCAACAAUGGGAAAUCUAUCUUUGAAGCCAGAGUGGACAUUGACAUAUCCUGGCAGUGUCUGGAGUAUUAUGCAGGACUGGCAGGAUCUCUAGCUGGUGAACACAUCCAACUGCCUGGGGGAUCCUUUGGGUACACUCGGAGAGAGCCCCUUGGAGUGUGUGUUGGGAUUGGAGCCUGGAAUUACCCCUUCCAGAUUGCCUGUUGGAAGUCUGCCCCGGCCUUGGCUUGCGGCAAUGCGAUGGUCUUCAAGCCCUCUCCCUUCACCCCUGUUUCGGUGGUGAGGUUGGCAGAGAUCUUCACAGAGGCCGGUGUGCCCAAGGGGCUCUUCAAUGUGGUGCAGGGUGGAGCGGCCACAGGCCAGUUCCUCUGUCAUCACCCAGAUGUGGCCAAAAUCUCUUUCACUGGCAGUGUGCCAACUGGCAUCAAGAUCAUGGAGAUGGCAGCUAAAGGGAUCAAACCAGUCACCCUGGAGCUGGGGGGUAAAUCCCCCCUUAUCAUCUUUUCAGACUGUGCCCUGGAGAAUGCUGUGAACGGAGCCCUCAUGGCCAACUUCCUUACGCAGGGCGAGGUGUGCUGCAACGGCACGCGAGUGUUUGUGGAGAGGAAGAUACUGGAUGCCUUCACAAAGGAGGUGGUGAAACGCACCCAGAAAAUCAAAAUUGGAGACCCGCUUCUGGAAGACACACGGAUGGGAGCCCUCAUCAACCGGCCCCACCUGGAUCGUGUCCAGGGCUUUAUCAAGCAGGCGAAGGAGCAGGGGGCAGAGGUGCUGUGUGGUGGGGACCUGUGGGUGCCAGAUGACCCGAAGCUGAAGAAUGGCUACUACAUGCGACCCUGUGUGUUAGGGAACUGCACGGAUGACAUGACUUGUGUGAAGGAAGAAAUCUUUGGGCCUGUCAUGUCCAUUCUGCCAUUUGACACGGAGGAGGAGGUUGUGGAGAGAGCCAACAACACCAAAUUUGGCCUGGCAGGUGGUGUCUUUACCAGGGAUAUCCAGAAGGCUCACAGGGUAGUAGCUGCUCUCAAGGCUGGGAUGUGCUUCAUUAACAAUUACAACAUCAGCCCUGUGGAGCUGCCUUUCGGAGGUUACAAGGCAUCAGGAUUUGGCAGAGAGAACGGGCGGGCAGCCAUUGAGUACUACUCGCAGCUGAAGACUGUCUGCGUGGAGAUGGGUGAUGUGGAAUCUGUGUUCUAGUGGCUCUGCAGCCUGCUCAAGGGAGCAACAGCCAGUUCUUGCCUGUCAGCCAGAGAUGUGGAUCAUUUACACAGCAAUAAAGUGCUCUAAAAUUGUAAGUGCCUGGAGGGUAACAUUGCUGGAGCAGCAUUUAGCCAUCCUGCUUCUGCCAGGAGGAAUGUACACACAGGGCUUAGCUUGUGGGCCUGCUCUGUCCUGUCUGGUACCUCGGGCUAGGAGGCAGCAAUAUGGCUUUCAGCAGCAGCUCAUGCAACUACCUAGGUGUUGCCAGAGGCUUGUCAGUGACAGAGGCCUGGCCCAGACUGCUUCCUGUGCUGCGUGCCUUGAACCCCACUGCCUUCCACCCUCGGUCAACUUCAUCUUUGGCUUAACAGAUGUGACCCUACUCAGUGCACACAUAAGCUCUUGGACACAUUGAUAUCCUGUAGCUAUAGGCUCUGUCUAUUCUCUGACUACAUAACAGCCUUAAGGGUAGGAUUGUUUAUUCCCUCUAGCCCCCUUGUAAACACAAGUUUUGUUUUUUUUAACUGUACCUC